UUGGCUAGUUCAUUGAAGUCUUUUGGUGUGCCUGCAUGGUGUUGAAGUUUCAUGCACCGAUCCGUUGAGUUAGUUGAGAACCGCAACUUGAGCCGCGUGGAUCGUUGUGAAGAUUGGAUCGGGUAGUGUGCAUUUGACGGUUUGUGUUUUAAUUAUAAUUGAUCCAGCGAAUUGCGAAGGUGAUUUAUUUCGUAGGCGGUGAAGUUAUUUGAACAGACUUACGAGAAUGAAGCGAUUCAUCGCCACCUGUUUGAUACUGAUUGUUGGAGCAAGCGCUCAGCAAUUCAAAUGUCCGGUCAAGGACGGGCAGUACGAGGAUUCCAUUCAGUGUGAUAAGUACUACGAAUGUUUUGAUGGACGAGCUACCGAAAGGCUGUGUCCCGAUGGGCUGGUGUUCGAUCCUACCAUCCGGAAGAUCAAUAAAUGUGACCAGCCUUUCAACGUAGACUGCGGUGAUCGAGUUGAGCUGCAACCACCACGAGGCAACAACUUGUGUCCACGCAAAAACGGAUUCUUCGCUCAUCCAGAUCCAGCUGUGUGCAACGUCUUCUUUAACUGUAUCAACGGAGAAGCUACGGAGAUAACCUGCACAGCCGGACUGCACUUCGAUGAGUACAGCGGAACUUGCGUGUGGCCCAAUGAUGCUGGCCGCAAAGGAUGCAACCCGGGAGCAAAUAAGCAACUGAAGGAUGGCUUUACUUGCCCUAAGGAACAGAAAACCGAUGAAGCUGGACAGAGCGUAGCACAUCCCAAAUACGCUCAUCCCACCGAUUGCCAACGGUUCUAUGUUUGCCUGAACGGAGUCGAGCCACGUGAUCUGGGUUGCCAAGCUGGAGAGGUUUACAACGAAGAAACAGAACGAUGUGAUGCACCAGAAAAUGUACCUGGCUGUGAGGACUGGUACAAAGACAGUGACGAGAAGAAGCAUUAGACUGCGUUCGUGAGCAAAGCGAGAACCGGGAUUUAUUCGGGAAGCCUCGCUGGAGUCACCUUUCAUCAUUCACUCAUAAGACUUCAACAUGAUUUACAGAACUAAGUUAUGAAACUAAACUCCUUGAAAUAAAAAUAAAGUGUUUAUUUUUAUACGAA